UGUGCCAACCUGAAAGCCGCCAUCGCCGACGCCGAGGAGCGCGGGGAGCUCACCCUGAAGGACGCGCGGGCCAAGCUGGCCGAGCUGGAGGAUGCCCUGCAACAAGCCAAGGCAGACCUGGCCCGCCAGCUCCGCGAGUACCAGGAGCUGAUGAACGUCAAGCUGGCCCUGGACAUCGAGAUCGCGACCUACAGGAAGCUGCUGGAGGGGGAGGAGUGCAGGCUGGCCGGAGACGGCGUCCCCGUGAAUAUCUCCGUCACCAGGACGACCGUGGGGUCGGGGUACGGCGCGGGGAGCAACCUGAGCGUGGCCGGGGGGAUCUGCAACCCCGGCAGCGCCUUCGGCGGCCCCGGCGGGGUCAGCGCAGCCCUCGGCGCCGGCAGCAGCUCCAGCGUCAAGUUCGUCUCCACCUCCUCCACCAGAAGAAGCUACAGGAGCUAA